AAACUGAAGGUAUUAUACAAUAGUCAAAGUUAUCUCUCCUAACUGAGCACUCGACUCGCUUCGCAACCACCCUCUUGAAGCCUUCGCUGGCACCAAAACCCAGCCCAAUAAGGGAGCACUCUUCAUGGACCACAACGAAGCCACCACAUGGAUCCGAAGGAAGCCCUCAGAUCUGAUGGCCAACCAGGCAUGUCAGGCUCACUUCUCUGGCCUAGUAUUCCCGCAGGCGCUCACGGCACGGUGGCUCAGAUCUUGGCCUUCCCGUAGGACCCUCCAAGACCUCCUUUUUCAUCUUGUCACAUCCGAAUUCCGACCACCUUCCAUAGCACUACCGCUCCAAUCAUCCAUUUUUUACUACAUGAUGUACUUGCUUGAUAUUGAUAUGGUUGUUUCGAAACAAGACCAGCAUGUGAGCGCAAUCUCUCUUAUCGAUCCAAGAAAAAAAUAGGCGCAACGCCGAAUUAUCCGUUCCAGGCGCCCACUGGUACGUCUCAAUCAUGUUUACCGCUUCGAUAUGC